AGCCGGCGGGUAUAUAGAGCGUGUCGCCUCACGACCGGACUGCUGUUAGUCGCCAGCAGCGCUACGGGGCAUCAAGGAGGUAUUUCAGAUUUGGCUGACUCGUGAUAUCAGCUCGCUGCCAUCAUGAAGUUGCUCACGCUGUUGCUGCUCGUCGGCACAUGCGCGGGACUGCAGUACCCGCUGCAGUACCUGUACCACUACCGCGCCAAAGUCUCCGCUGGAAUACCAGAAAUCAACCGCCAUCAGAGCGCCAAGUCGAGCAUCAGGGCCAACCUCAGGGUCUACGUCACGUCAGCCACUACCGUUGCUUUUAAACUGGAAGACGUCGAAUAUUCCGACUGUCACGUCUGUCGGGAAUGCACUUCUGAUCCUGAAUACAUCGCAGCUUUUGAAGAGCCUGCGUCACUAUUGGGCCGACAUGCCUUCGGUAUCAACGAACGAGGGCACUUCGUGCACCACGCAGGCGAGAGGGCAUGGGUUCUGAACUUCUACAAAAGCAUCGUUGGUUUGUUCAACAUUUCUCCCCUGCGCAAUACUUUCUUCGGCACCCACAACGGCACGCGCGCUGGAGCCUACAACGACUUUGAGCAAACCGUAAUGGGGACCUGCAAGACAACGUACACGGAACACAAACUGUCCGGCGUGGCAUUGGCGCAAUAUUCGCUGUUCGUACGCGAACACAUCACCGGAGACCGACAGCUGAACAACACCUGCGCUGCUCCUCUAGUAGCCAAAUUACCCCCAGGCAGGAAGGCUCGCUCUGUCAGUGGUAGGAAGACCACUAAGACCUCGGUAACCUCGCCCCUCACCAGAUGCGAUCUGCCAAGAAUUAACCGAACUGUCACUCGCGUAGUCCGGUCCGUCAACCUCGAGGAAUGCGUCGACCGAGUGGAGCAUCAGCACACGAUGGGCAGCAGCUGCAACCUGGGAGAAGAUCAGUGCGAGAACCUGUACUCCCGCAGCAGCAACGGCAUUUUCUACAUCAGGGGCGACCACAGCGGCAUGAGGCUCGAGAAAGCCAAAGUCAAGGGAGCGAUCGUCGUCAGUCCCUUCGGUUAUGAGACUGAACAUUUGCAGACCGUCACCUGGCAGAAAUUGGCGCUGGUCUCUGUAGAGGCUCUACCAUCGACUCCACCCGACUGUUCGCGCGGGACGUGUGUUGAAGACACACAAAUGACGUACACCCUCACCGUCCCAUACACUGAAGACUAUGUCUCUGCCUACAAGUGGGCACGUCCUGGCAGCAUGAAAAAGACAAUACAAGAAAUAACUGGAGCUUUCGUAGAUGCUGCCGGUCAAAAAAAGAAUGAGCAACGAGUUGCUGGUCUCAUCCACGAAGUCGCAGCGGCAAUGGCUACAGGAAGACUCGAGGCGACUGCACGCGCGACUUUGCUUCUCAAUUACGCCACGUAUCUCAUGUACGACUUCACCGCUGAUGAACUGCUCAACGUAAUGGCAUUGAUCCCACCAGCAGAAUUUGAUUUGUUCUACGGUGUAAUCGGUGAACUGGGCACCCAGCCUGCGGUGACGCUCUUCUUGCAGGCGUUGAAGGACAACCGCGUGUCAGCCUUCAGACAAGUCGUCUUCUCGGGCUCCCUCAACAACAACCUUAAGACGACCAAUGCUCUCAAGCCUGUCAUGGAUUAUGUUCUCAGCCAGAACAUCGACGCCAAGCCAUUCUCGACAUCUCAAUCGCUGUUGAACCUCGCCUCGUUGGUGCAUCGUCUUUGCCUUGGGACGAGCGGUCGCAACGACUCCUUCACUCACUUCGCCAAACAGCAGUGCCGACGUGACCAGAUCCUUGAGAUCUUACAGAGGACCCUCAUUGACAGACUCUCGAAUUCCACCAAGUUCUGGAAGCAAAUGGUUUACGUGAAAGCUCUGGUCAACCUGAAGACGGUUGAGUCGACCAACGCCCUGCUGCCGUACGCCCUCGGCAGGAGGCAGUGCGACACUCAAGUUCGAGCUUUGGCCCUCGAGGCCCUGGCGAGCUGGAACGCCCCGAGUGGCCGACAUCAGACGAAGAUCACUUUGAUAUUAUUGGACAUCUUCGAAAACCCUGCCGAACAUCCGACCCUGAGGGCGCGUGCAUUAGCUUUCCUCUCCUCGUGGCCUCUGACGUCGGCAGCUUGGACGCGCCUGGCGCUGGCCACAAAAAUGUCUGGCCUGAGAGAUCUUUCUGCACUCACCUACUCGCUUAUCAAGACUACUUCUGAAUACCAGCAUCCCGAGGCCAUCAGGAUGCGUCAGCUUGCGCAGCACGCACUCUCGCUUGCGAAGCCCAGCAGCGCGGCUGAACGCUACUCGGCCUUCAAGUCUUGGUACCGCUACUGCUUCUCUUCUCAGUUUGGAAGCCUGGACUACCAGAUGGGCAUCAAAGACCCCGCGUCUCCCCUGCCAGCAGAGUUUUCUGCCUACGUCAGGAAAACUUUAGGAGGCGCGGUGUUCCAUCGCAAGUUGGACGUCUCAAUUUCCAACGACAACGGGAACUUGAUGGAGAUUAUCAGCAAGCUGCUGUACAACGUGGCCCCCGCGAUCAGCAAUGCGCAAAUCUCAACCAACUUGAUGAAGAUGCUCCGUUCGGAUCUGGUCAUCAACGAGAAGGUUCGGGCGGCAAUAGUGGGCUUGGUUUCCUUCAACCCACUGAAGGACGUUCAGAUCUUCCUGCCUCUCGAGCACGAGUUCAUUGCUGACUUCGUGAAGUCUGUGUGGGGCUCCGGCAAUAGCUUCUCUGGGCCUAGCACCCUGUAUGUCAACCCCGUUGAUUAUACGUUCACUACAGUGAAUGAUAUUGGACUGCCGGUCAUUACUAAUGUGGCGAAGCCAACAAUUUACCACUUCACUGGCACCUUGGCCUUCUCCAGAAAUGCAUCCAAGCAAACUUUCGAACUGGAAACUAGAGCAUUCGCGGAAUCUUGCGUGUCUACAUUGAGUGUAAUCGUCGAGACAAUGGCACCGUGGUCCAGAAGUAUGGUGGCCGCUGGAGUCUCUCACACCACCGGCGCACUGCAACCUUACUCCCCCAAACUGGUCUACAGAGCUACUGCAGACAAAGACCACAACGCUGGUUUAGAAAUCACUCUCACUCCGAAAUACGAAACGAGUGCUAUAGUGUUCAUAAAGACGACUCAGCCCUACACCCUCCUACGGGACACAGCGCCCGCCGAUGUAACACAGGUGCUCCAGAACAUGGCACCUGUUGAGCCCGAUCCUCUGUCACACACCAAGUACAAGAAUGAAUGGACCUUGCCUUUAAAUUUUGAUGCCAAGUAUGAAGGCGACAUCCCGCUGUCUCUGGAAUUGGAUUCCUUCUUUGACAAGAAAACGUCUUCGUUGGAUAAAUGGCUGCUGGCUCCUUCGUUGCACGCCUUCACCUUCUCCGUCGUGCAUAAGUUUAACCCUACCAACGCUCGUGUCGUCCUCAGAUACAGUCUAGGCCAUUUGGAACGCGCGUCCGACGCCGGUCGCUUCGUCUCCAAGUACGGGCAAGAUUCCUUCGAGGACUACGAGCUGUGCGGCCACGAGAGCUCAGACAUCGUGCAGCAGUUCACUGGGGAUCAGUCGCAAGACGAGGACCUGUGGAGUCAACAGUCUGGAGGUGUCGACAUCGAGCAGUCAGGUUUCAAUGAAAUUCAGACGUUCGGGUCAUUCGGCCAGGAGGAGCAACAGCAGUCUAAAGCUCCGCAGAAGUUAACGAUCCUCGACUCGACUGAAGUGGAACUGACCCGCCCGACUCAGCAGUUUGGGCGCGUGUCGGAGCCGCAACUCAUGUCGUUCUUACGCAAUCUUCGCAGGAACGCCGGUUGGAAGUACCAAAUAACUGGCCAAAGCAUCCGCGGCGAGGUAUGGCGCAACAAUCAGCAGACCGCGAGCUUCGAGGCUGUCUUGGCCACCACAACUUGUUACGGACUGCAGGACCAAAAGUCUACCAAGAUUGCGGCGGUCUUCGACGUUACUGGAGUGCCUUGCGCCAGGUCUUGUUUCGAGGGGGAAUUGACGCUUCCCAAGCUGAACGACCUCGACACAAUUGACGUCAUUUUCGCAAAGAACCUCACCAAGUCCGAGCAGUUCAGCAUGUAUCAAGGGGACCGCUGCGAGACGCUUUUCUCAUCAGCCUCGCAAAAGUAUUCACUUACUGAAGCGGGUAAGGCCAGCCUGAAACAGAAAUUGCAGGAAAAGAGCAAAUGUCACUGGAGCAAGAAAACCGACGCUGUACAAGAGUUCCACAAAAUAGCGGAGUACAACGAAGUCACAACCACCCUCAAUGUGAAUGACGUCAAAAAACUGCCUUGUCGAAACAGCUUCCUCGGGUUCACUUACAAGACUCUCUUCAAUGAAAUCUUUUUGAAAAGAAUUAUGCACGAGCCUACUAUUGACGAUUGUUUUGCUGAGGACAGCGUGAAGAAAAUACAGUCUUCCGGCAACCGUGAUGAACAGAACAGGUGGUUCGUGACUCGUAACGGUCAGAAAGUUUUGGAUGGAGUCCAACUCCCUGAAGUCGCCCAGAACUUUGCAAAAAUUGGCAUCAUGUCGGAUUACAUUCCCGGAGACUACUGCGUCAUCCAGCCUAAUUCAAUCACGACGUACGACGGCCUCCACGUGAACACGUCACUCUUGGACCGCUGCGCGUCACUCGCCACGACGCUGUGCGAGCACGGCAACGAUGAUGACUUCGGCAUCGCCGUGCAGCGCUCAGCACGCAACGGAGUCCUGGUCAUCAUAGGAGGUGAACGUCAGGACUUUUCUCUCACCAUCAACGACGGGGAGAUUAUGAUAAACAACCAAAGAUGGGAUGGGCGAGAGUACUUUAGGGAGCUCAAGGGGCAGGGCCGGAGCAACGUGAUCGGGUUCUUGUACAGACGCCGCGGCUUCUACAAAGUGGAGCUGCACGGCCUUGUUGAUGUCAUUGUCAAGGAAUCCAGCGUCUACAUUAAGGCCGCUGACCGCUUCCGAGGCUACUUGUGUGGCCUGUGCGGGGACCUCAACAUGGAGCCUUCGAAUGACAUGAAGACGCCUGAAGGCUGCCUUCUUACCAACCCUGACCUCUUCGUUUCCUCGUGGAAACCUUCAUCUGGCUUCCAGUGUUCCUCUGAACGUCACGUUGAUCCUGCGACAUGCAUCAAAGAAGGACCUCUCCCACUCGACUACUAUGCGCAGUAUCAGCUGUAAUAAUUACAGAGUUCGAUCCAUUAGCUAUCAAGGCCCAUGUAUAUCCCAACACCAACCUCUCUAUUUGACCUUUUUCUUGGCAAUUCCUAUAUAAUGGCAAUAAUUUUUGUAUCAAGGUUAUCUUUUGUAUCUAAUACAGGCAAGAUCCUUUGCAUUGCUCCGCAGCAUCAACAUAAUCCUUGAAAGUUUAUCCACAGUCAAUAUAUACCGUAUUUUCCAAAAUCAUAAAAUUCAACCUAUAUAGAGGUUAAUGCGGUCAGUGAAGAAAGCAACUGCGCAAAUUUGCUCUAAAAACUAAUGUGUUUAUUAAAUUUUCAUUGAAACACACAUUGCGAUUAGUUUUUGCGAUUCAAUCCAUCUGAAACAGCGAAUUAUUGGUGUCGCUCGUGUUAAUUAUAUGAUUGGGGUUUUUAAUGGUCCAUUUCUCUCUGUUAACGGUUUCAUUUCUUAACCAGAAUAUAUCCAUCGUCACUUUUACCUCCGCUCUCUCCGGCUUCAAGUUAAAUGCGAAUAUUAAAUACUUGUACGGGAUUUUUUAAGUAAAACAUCAUGUUUUUCUCUGCACACAAAUACAUGUGUUUCUAUGAAGAAAAUUUCUAAGUUGUUAAUACCAUAUUUUCAGUUCAUAAAUUUGCGCACAUUAUAUACGCUAUAUAAUGUUUGUUUGCAGUUAGACAAUGUUGUUAUAUUGUUGUCCUAUCACACUUGUUCCAUCUAAUAUUAAUAUUGCCAAACAA